CAGCAACCUCGACGUCAAUAUUUGGAAAUUAGAUCAAUUUUCUGCCUCCGAUACAUCAUCCAAGUCCCCAAUUACAUACUUCUGUCCAAGUUUUUACUUGUAUUUAGUGCAACUUUAAUAAUUGUUGACCCAGUUGGCUGGAAACAGUCUAACCGUUCCAGGCUUAGCAAUGGGUCUUGAUGUCCAAAAAGGGAAGGCGGUGAGCCUCUAAUGCGUCACUGGUCCCCGGCAGGUGCCACGGAUUUUGCUCCCCUCAGGCGCCUCGGUCUAUCUGAUUCGACCUAUGCGAAUAUUAUUCUUCCUCGCUGUCACAUGAACCUGUAAGAGACAUUGUCGAUAAGUAUUUAAAAGCCGAUCUGCGUCCUUGCUACAUGAAAAUAUUCUGUCGGUUGAGAUACCCAGUUGCUGCCAUAUUCAGAUUCCCCGCCGACGCCAAAGUUUCACAGAAACCGUCAAGGUUAUUCUAUUUCACUACACCAUCCUUCCAGUUCCAGUUUCGCUCCCAGUUUUCCCCAUUCUCCACCAUGGCUCCGGGACUCUUGAGUGCCAACGGCACCAAAAAGCACAAGGUGACCGUAAUUGGUUCCGGUAACUGGGGUUCGACGAUCUCCAAAAUCAUCGCAGAGAACACCAAGGAGCACCCGGAACUCUUCGAAGAGGACGUUCAGAUGUGGGUGUACGAGGAGGAGGUAACGUACGAGGGAAAGCCAGAGAAGCUCACCACCAUCAUCAACAAGCACCACGAGAACGUCAAGUACCUGCCCGGCAUCAAACUCCCCGCCAACAUAGUCGCCAACCCGUCCCUCGAAGACGCCGUCGCCGACUCCUCCAUCCUGAUCUUCAACCUGCCCCACCAGUUCAUCCACCGCAUCUGCGGCCAGCUCAAGGGCAAGAUCGUGCCCUUCGCCCGCGGCAUCUCCUGCAUCAAGGGCGUCAACGUCACCGACGACGGCGUCUCCCUCUUCUCCGAGUGGAUCGGCGAGGGGCUCGGCAUCUACUGCGGCGCGCUGUCCGGCGCCAACAUCGCCUCCGAGAUCGCCGCCGAGAAGUGGUCCGAGACGACAGUGGCCUACGACCCGCCGCCCAUGGACAGCUCGCGCAACCCGUCGCGCAACCCGACCCCCCGGUCCGCGACGCCCAACAACCGCGGCUCCCCGCGCGCCUCCGAGCUCAGCGUCACGCCCCUGGACCAGACCCAGCACCGCGACGUGCGCGGCCGCAUCAGCAAGACGAAGCUCACGCCCGUGCCGCCCGAGUACCCGCCGCUGGACCACGAGACCUUCAAGACGCUCUUCCACCGGCCCUACUUCCACGUGCGCAUGGUGUCGGACGUGGCGGGCGUGUCGCUCGGCGGCGCGCUGAAGAACAUCGUCGCGCUGGCGGCCGGCUUCGUCGACGGCCGCGGGUGGGGCGACAACGCGAAGGCGGCCAUCAUGCGCGUCGGCCUGCUCGAGAUGGUCAAGUUCGGCCACGAGUUCUUCGGCGAGACCAUCUCCACCGGCACCUUCACCGAGGAGAGCGCCGGCGUGGCCGACCUCAUCACGAGCUGCAGCGGCGGCCGCAACUUCCGCUGCGCCCGCAAGGCCGUCGAGAAGGGCAUCUCCGUCCAGGAGGUCGAGCAAGCCGAGCUCAAUGGCCAGAAGCUGCAGGGCACUAGCACCGCUGCUGAGGUCAACUCUUUUCUGAGGAGGCGGGGCCUCGAGCAGGAGUACCCCUUGUUCACGGCCGUUCAUGAUAUUCUUGAGGGUCGGAAUACGGUCGACGAUAUCCCGGACCUCGUCGCGAGGACUUAGGUCUAGGUACUUGGUUUGGCAGGUUCAUUAAGGUUACUCUAACCCGGCGGGUGGUAAUAGAACGGGGAAUUUGGAAGGCAGUAUAGGAGUAAUGAGGAUGGUAGUUUUGAAAUGAUAACGAUCAAUCGGUUUCAAUGGUGCAUUAUUUAUGAUCGGCUGCGGUAGGUAGACAAUAGGCUAGACGGGGUCUUAUAGCAUGAUAUCCCGGAUCAGAAACAAAGAGAUCUUUUUAAAUUCA